GAACACGAAGAUAUUUUCUCCGGUUUGCUGAUAUCUGAUGACCUACUGAGGGUGUUUGACCGCACGAACCAGUAGCACGUUAAUGUGCAACCAAGGCCAGGCCCAGACCCAGACCCAGACCCAGCCCCAGAUCCCAACCCUGGCCACGUUGGUACAUCACUUAUAACCUGUCGGACCGCAUCCCGUUCGAGUCGCUCAACCCAUCUCCUAUCAAAUUUUCGUCUUCAUUGUGAUCCCUCGCACCUGCAAAGAACUUCCGUGUAGGUGCGGGAGGACAUGUUGUCAUUUUGAGUCAAAGAAACGAGCAGCAUCGCGAAGACCUGCCAAGAGGACAGACAUCCGAUUAGAAAGUGUCAAGACUGAGCACAAGUCGUGCUAGACUUUCAAGCAAUUUAGUUGCUCCGCCAAAGACUCUGAAGAAUACGUAAAACCCACACACACACACACACACACACACACACACAAAGGCGACGGCAACCAGAAGGGCAGAAAAGGAUCCGAUGUUCCGACCUCGACCAAACCCUGCCGACCAAUUCGCAUACCCGUUUGGGUUCAGCGCCGACCAAGAGACCGACCUCUCCUACUAUUCACAGCAACAGUUGCCAAACCAUUUUCUGCUUGCGGCGCUUGGAUGCGACUCGAUUCGGGUCAGCAGACAAGGAGCUGGAGGUGAAGGAGCUGGAGCUCAGCAGGAGGAACCUUGCACAAACGAGAACACCAUCGCUCCGGAGCCAGGUACAAGUGGGGCAGCCAUCGACCAAAGAGAGGGGGCUACCCUGUCUGGGGUGGCUCCUUCACCUCCCCAUAGAACACCAGCAACGGCAGCUGCAGCUGCUGCCCUCCUCGAUCGUCAUCGCUACAGCAGAACCAACCCCACCUCGUCUGCCGUGGUGGUUGGUGAUUUCGACUUUUCGAGCUACCAGCUCCCGAGCCACCAGCUCAAUCGACACAGCCUCCCUCAGUCGCAGCGAUCUUCUCACCAAAUAUUGUCUUCGUUGCCAUCGCCCACCUCGCCCACAACCCACGACAUCAUUCGUAAUCGACUGAACGAUCCGGAACUUCUCGCGACCGCUCGUCUUUUGCGGCAGACGACGGUCAUCACCAAGAUGGACGAAGGCGUCGCCGCAAACGAUGACCUGGCUGCACAGGAGGCUGCUGCAAGGGAAUAUCAACCACAACUUACGGGCCCUCUCGUCGGUUUCAAACAACCAAGCCAUGCCAUAACCGAAGAAUACGCCAAGGCCGACCCGGUCUACGUGGAGAAGACUAUGGCUCUCCCAAACACAUACUCGCACUAUCGUCCCAUACUUGGCGACGGCAAUUGCGGCUGGAGAGCUAUCGGCUACGCGUACUUUGAGACCCUCAUCCUGACAGCGACUCCGGCUAAGAUUAAGGGGGAGCACGAGCGCAUCACUUCUUUGAACGACUACAUCUCCAAUGUUGGUGGAUAUGGCUCGUAUAUCUGGGAAGACAUGGUGGAUGAAACAUUGGGUCUUCUCAAGGAAAUCGGCGACUUCCUUGUCCAAGGGGAUCAAGAAGGCGCCUCGUCUCACCUGCACACCCGAUUCAACCAACCCGAGGUCUCGAGUGCCAUUGUCUAUCACCUUCGCAUGCUGGCUGCCUCGUACCUCAAGGGUCACGCUACUGAUUACGAGCCCUUCACCAAUGGCGGAGUCCAAAAUCACUGCAGCGGUACGAUUGAGCCCAUUGAUCGCGAGAUUGAUCACCUGGGAGUUACCUUGCUUGUUGAGGUCUUACUGAGGCCGGCUGGGUUUGUUCUCGAGAUUGCAUACCUGGAUCGCAGUGCCGGCGAGCAGGUUAACGUCUACCGUUUCCCGGAUGAGGCCAACGGCCAGGAUGAAGCGACAUUGGGCCCUGUGAUUCACCUUUUGUUCCGCCCUGAUCAUUAUGACAUUCUCUACAAGCCGCCACCCCAGCCUGUAGACGUGCAGGUAUAUCGCGCCAUGGUUCCCACUGAGAUAGUACCCGAGAUACACCAAAUGAGCCAAUGGGCAAUGGACUCAAAUGCUGCCGACAUCAACUAUGAUGUUCUGAGCAUGAUCCCGGGGUUCGACUUGAAUCCCAAGGGCGGUCAGCGUCAGCAGGAAUUGGUGAAUGUCCCAUCUUACAGUCAGCGCCCUGACCCAGCCGCGUCAUGGACCCCGUCGCCAACAUCCUACACGCAACAGGUGACACCACCAGCUCCGUCUCCGGCUUCCUCGAUUACCUAUGCUCCUCAGCAAAGUCGCCAGCAAUCUAUCCACGGAGUACCACCACAAUCGUACGUUGGCGUGCCGCACCAUCUCCAGCACCAGCAUCAAUACCAUGACCCACCGCAGCACCAAGAACAACAGCACCCAAUACGGUUUAGCACACAUUGUUGGCCUACAGCACAAUCGAAUGCAUUCUCAGACUUCCCUGUGGCAAAGGAAGAACAAACUUUGCAGACGGCAACAAUGCAGAACAGCCCGCUGAAUACGAUCCACUUCAACAACCCCAACUUCCAGCCUCAGGAGUACAAGCCCGGGGACGAAGGGUCGCCCAAAGUCAUGGCAAACAAGAGAAAGGGCGAGCAGUCUGCCAAGAAGGGGAAAAAACUUUCCGUGUCCGACCACAAGAGCAAUUGGAAGCCAAUGCCACAUUGAGACAAGGGGCCAUGAGACUAAGGAGCAGGAGGCGUACGCUUGUAUUUUUGUCGAAAGGGACUCUGUUUGGUGUGUGACGGCGGCGUUCCAGUAUCAACCUGGAAGUUGUGUGGGGAUUUUACGGGAGAUGACAUUACGACGCAAGAUCGCGAAAUUAUUUGUUUGAUGCUAAUGUAUGGCCACGGCGUUUAAUGUGUCCUUUUUUUAUCCACUUUUUGUAACAUGCGACGGCUUAGCCUUAGCAAACCUGCAUCUCAAGGAAGGGAAUGUGAUGGGCGGCGACAAAUGUUCAUGACUUUUGCAUCUUGAUACCAUGUUUAUUGGAAACCGGCUUUAUAUUCGAGACAGGCGGAAGAAACCUGGAUUGUCCGUGAUUCGACCCUACGCUAGUUGCGAAAAUGCGAAAUGAGAAGAGGUACUGGAAUAUCCCGAUGGGUGAGAAGAUUUCCCCUCAGUAGCAGUUAUUCCUUCAGUUGACAAAGGGCUGUGAAAAUGAAUGAAC